GUCAUGUCGCGCACAGUGACAGAGAAAGCUCAAGAUGAAAUAUCUUCUCUAGCUGACAGGAAUGUAAACAGUACUGACUCUGAGCUCAGAUACAUGGCAUAUGCUUCUCGUCUCAGAACUGCCUUGCGUGCUAGCAGUCGUUACAUUGCAUAUACCAGUGAUGUCGGCGAGGCAUUUCGCCCAGUAGUACCUCCUGCCAUAGUUACUGCAUGCUAUGGUAUUUCAUGGGUAUAUCUCGCAGGCGAUGUGAGUUACGAAGCAUACAAAACUCACAGACGUGGUCCAACCCCUAUAGAAGCCGCCCAUUUCUCCGAGCCAACAAGGGUUGGAAUGGUGGCCGUCAAACGUGCGGUUUUCCAAUCCGUAGCCUCAAUGGCUCUUCCCGCGUUCACUAUUCAUACUGCCGUUAACCAAGCAAAGAAAGCUUUCACGAACGUGCAGAACAAGAGAUUGAAGACCUGGGGUCCAACUAUCAGUGGACUCGCCAUCGUUCCUUUCUUGCCGUAUAUAUUUGAUCACCCCGUAGAGACGGCAACGGACAGGGCGUUCGAGUGGAUAGAGAAGAGGCUGAUCGAGAGUCAGGACGCUAGACAGAAAACGGAAUCUUGAUUGCGGUUGACGAUGGUUUGUGUUUACCCACUCCUCUCAAGAUUUACCCUGCAUCGAUAUGCUCUCUAUGCAAUAUAUGGAUUACUUUUCACCCCCUUGACAGAGUUUAACUG